AUGUUCAUGGUUCCUUCCGCGCACACACAACACUCCCGCACAGUGGAGGUGCCCGACAGUUCACCGAGCGCGUGGCGGACACGCCCAUACACACCGCACGUCACACGUUCUGGGCUGCUUGGGUCGAAGGACAAGCUGGGUGGAUAUUCCCUAGCCAUCCAAGCAAUCCUCGACAUGGACCCGCAGUCGUCGCCGGCCGAGCGUACACGCCCGCGACAAACACGGAUGUCACAGUCGUCCUACGCAGCACACUCACGCGUGCCGCGUCGUCUUCGGGCUCGUAAACCACGGCGGGUCUACCAUGAAGCCCCGCAAGAUGCCCGACAUGCACCGGACGAGCGACGUGGAGCGGUUGAUCGUCGUCCGGUCGACAGCAACAGUGAACAUCCGGUACACACGGAUGAAACGCGCGCCGGAGGCGCGCUGGUCUUCCGGCGCACGGACCCGAUUGCUCGCAUCGAGCAUGUAUUUCGCGGUAUGCAUUCCAACGCACGGAACGACACACACGUCUCGGCUCCAUCGACCAGCAGCACUGGUCCGUUUCCUCUCAACCAGGACGGCGUGCUGCGCACACUUGGGCAUCAAGUACGUCCGGUCGCUGGCAACGGGGCGCAAGACCCACCGGCACUCGACAGAACCUCCGUGGUACACGUACGCGGCGAGGACACGCGCCGCAGGCGCGUCCACCACACCGUUCCCAUCUCUGCGCCCGACACGCCCCACCGGACGAACGACGUCGGGACUGGUCGCCGCCCGGCUGUCUCGCAGUCGCUCCGCGCUGGCCAAGCAGCCGUGCGUGCGCGUACGCAGCGGUCUGUGCUCGGAAGCUCGACGUUUCGCGUCCGAACGACUACGUCGUUCUAUCCCCGCGUGCGUCCCGUGGCCCGCAUGGGCGAGCACGUCUUGCAUCCGGGCAGCUUCGAAACGCACCUCCUCACCUCCAUCUGUGAGCGUGCUCCCUCCGACGCGAACGACGGUAUGAGACCGCCGUCCGAAACAUUCCGUCCGGUCUGCUGGACGGCCGCCGCCGCCGUCGUCCGGUAUGGUUCUCUCGUCGUCGCGGACUCGUCACCUCCCGCGGUCUGCCGGUCGACCCGGCUCGCAUCCCCGACCGAUGAAGGCACGACGUAUCGCCGUCCGGCGAGCAGGGUGGACGGGACGGUGGGUGCGUCGGCGGGGAGAGUGUUCGGCCGGGUGCUAGCGUCAGGUUCUGCCUUCGAGAAUUGA